UCAACGAACGCCUGCCAUUGCCGUCCUCCUGCCCUGCGAAGCUCUGAUCCAGCCGUCUUUAGCUUGCUGCAUACAGAAGACACUGUUAGUUGGAUCGCCAUGGCGCGGUACGGCGGGUUCUUGGAGAAGGCGAAGCCUUACGCCGCCAUGAUCUCCCUGCAGUUCGGCUACGCCGGCAUGAACGUGCUCACCAAGGUCUCCCUCAACCAGGGCAUGAGCCACUACGUGCUCGUCGUCUACCGCCACGCCUUCGCCACGCUCUCCAUCGCCCCGUUCGCCCUCGUCCUCGAGAGGAAGAUGAGGCCCAAGAUGACGUGGUCCAUCUUCUGGCAAAUCUUCGUCCUUGCUCUGCUCGGACCGGUGAUCGACCAGAACUUCUACUACGCCGGGCUGAAGUUCACCGGCCCGACGUUCGCCUGCGCAAUGAGCAACAUCCUGCCGGCCAUGACCUUCGUGAUGGCAGUGAUCUUCAGGAUGGAGAAGCUAGACGUGAAGAAGGUGAGGUGCCAGGCCAAGAUCGCCGGCACGCUAGUGACGGUGGCCGGCGCGAUGCUGAUGACGCUCUACAAGGGCCCGCUCAUGGAGCUGGCGUGGACCAGGCACGCGCCGGCCGGCGUCCACGGCGGCGCGGAGGGCCCCGCCGCCGCCGCCGACCUCAGCAGCAGUGACUGGUUCCUCGGCUCGCUGUUCGUCGUCAUCGCCACCCUCGCCUGGGCCUCCUUGUUCAUCCUGCAAACGCACACCAUCAAGCAGUACUCGGCGCAUCUGUCGCUGACCACGCUCAUCUGCUUCGUCGGCACGCUGCAGGCCAUCGUGGUCACCUUCGUCAUGGAGCGCCGCGCCUCCGUCUGGACCAUCGGCUUCGACAUGAACCUCCUCGCCGCCGCCUACGCCGGCAUCGUGACGUCGAGCAUCGCGUACUACGUGCAGGGCCUGGUGAUCCAGAAGACCGGGCCGGUCUUCGCGUCGGCGUUCAGCCCGCUGAUGAUGAUCAUCGUCGCCGCCAUGGGUUCCUUCAUCCUCGCCGAGAAGAUCUACCUCGGGGGCGUCAUCGGCGCCGUGCUGAUCGUGUUCGGGCUCUACUCUGUCCUCUGGGGCAACCACAAGGAGGCGCAGGAGAAGGAUGCGGACGCCAAGAUGGCGCUGCCGAUGGCUUCCAAGGGAGACGGAGCCAGUGGUGGGGUGACCGCCGCGGAGAUCGCCAGUGGUGCGAGUGAUGAUGUGGAGUGCAACACGGCCAACGGCGGCGUGAGGUCAUCCUCCAACGGACGCGCAGCCACUGCUACUGGUGCCGUUUGAUGGCCACAGACUCCCCAAUAACUUGGCUCCGGCAGGCGGCAGCGUCAUCCAAGUGCUAACUGUCUGCUGAUGAUUUCGUGAACUCUGAACUGUUCUUCUACGACGCACGCACUAGGAAAACGGCACGAUCGAGCAAGCUAGCAGCUGUGUGGAGAUUGGAAUUUUAGGUUCUGGCAGGAAUUAUACUGUUACUGUGAAAUUCCUGCGUUUUGUUUCAUCACCAAAAGCACGGGUGAAUCUAAAACAAUCACCAAAACCGUGGCAAUUUUGUUUUUCUUAUCAUUGAUCGAGCUAGUACGCUACA